AUGGACCGCCACCGCGGGGCCAGGGCGUUGGGAUAUGAUGAAGAGGGCGAAGAUGAGGACGAGCAGGAAGAGCAAGAAGGCAGCGCAGCGUGCUUGAAGGGGUCCAGACUGCCUCCCAUCGCAGGCAGCUCUUCCCAGCUGACUAAACGCAAGGUGAAGAAGAAAAAGAAGAAGACCAAGGGGUCCGGCAAAGGGGACGCAGAUAAACAUCAGAGCCAAGGACUGAAGAGUCAGCAACUGUCUUCAUCCCUUCAGGACAUCUUAAGUCCCAGCAAAGAUCACGACCCAGGGUCAGAGCGUGGCCAGGACAAGGGUGAAAGCAAGCUCACCCCUUCCUAUUCCUCCACUAGGAGUCUCAACAACUUUGCCGAAAUAGAAGAAAACCUUUCAAGCCAGAUCAAUGAAAGUCUGCGUUGGGACGGUAUCCUGGAUGAUCCAGAAGCAGAAAAGGAGAGGAUUCGCAUCUAUAAACUGAACCGAAGGAAGCGGUACCAGGUUCUGGCCCUCAAGGGCUUCCACUCUGACUCCUGUGCCAAGGACCCCUCCAAGAACUUACUCUUCCUCUCAGAUAAAGACGGCGUUAUCAAUAGCAGGCAGCCUCGGUGA